UGAAUUUGCUAACUGUAGUCGCUCACUGUCACUUCCAAAGAGAGAGAGAAAAGAGAGUUUUGCAUGUUAUCUAAUUCAAAUACGAAGAAAUUAGUAAGGAUGAUUUUGAAUCAAUAUUUUCUUUAGGAGCAAUCAAAAAUCAGCAGGACCAGAUCUCUGUAUCUCUCCUCUCAUUUAUCAACCAGAAGAAACAAUUACAAACUUUCGCGGCGCUGGAAUCCUUUUCCUCACUUCCUCUGCCAGGUUGGAUUCGCCGCUCAAUUUUAUUUGAAUGAAAAUAUUCAAUCUUUGAGCUUUUAGUACAUAGAGAGAUUUCUCCUGCCCUUGUUUUAUUGUUUUUCUGUGUGGGGGUUGCGGUAGAAUGUUGAGGGACUUCAAAUUCUUGCGCCGCAAUCCGGCCAAGAACGCCAAUGCAGAGGAAGUCGAGAAUGUGCCUCCAAAUUCUAGGGAUUCAUUGAAUCCUCAGAUAAGAACGGAACCCUCACGCCCCCCUUUCAAUGCAAUUACGGAGCUCCCGCCGUCGCGAAUCCCGAAAAGCAUUCCAGAUCAGGAAGCCAAUAGGCCUAACCGAGUCGAUCGAACUCCCACUAAGCCUAAACCAAGAUAUUCAGAUGCAUCAUUGCCCCUCCGCACUCCGGAGAAACAAGGGGCAAUGUCGAGAAACCGGUUCAAUUGGGCUCAGAAGAGUGAGAAUCCAUCAAAUAAUGGUGUUGUGGAGCUGAAGGAGGAAGGAAGAAUAGCAUCAAAUGUGAAUACUCCAAGCUCUACUAGGGCCGGUGGCAGGGCUACCUUGAGUUAUUCGGAGUGUAAUUCUCUCCAAUCCACGCCUACUAAGAGCGUAAGCAAGCCUCCGAAUCCGGGCUUUUCUAUGCCUACUGGUUCUAGGACAGUAUGCAACAUGGGUGCCAGGAUGGCUAACUAUGCUGCAUUGUCUAAGGGGAUUCCGAGUUCUUGUAACACGUCGACUGUUGUUAACACUGUCGAGGUCCCUUAUUUUGAGCUCAGGGAAGAUCCAUCAUUCUGGAUGGAACACAAUGUGCAAGUCUUGAUUCGUAUACGACCGUUGAAUAACAUGGAGAAAAGUAGUUUUGGUUUCAGUAGAUGCCUGAAACAGGAAACUGCACAAAGCAUAACCUGGAUAGGGCAACCUGAGACGCGGUUUAUGUUUGACCAUGUAGCAUGUGAAGGAAUAGACCAGGAGACACUUUUUAGAAUGGUUGGCUUGCCCAUGGUAGAAAAUUGCUUGUCUGGAUACAACAGCUGCAUGUUUGCAUACGGACAGACUGGUAGUGGGAAGACUUAUACAAUGCUUGGAGAGAUUGACGACCUGGAAGUCAAGCCUAGUACAAACCGUGGAAUGACUCCUCGCAUAUUUGAAUUCUUGUUUGCCAGGAUUAGAGCGGAAGAAGAAAGUCGGAGAGAUGAGCAACUGAAGUACAACUGCAAAUGCUCUUUUCUUGAGAUUUACAAUGAACAAAUUACUGACCUUCUUGAUCCUUCAUCCUCAAAUUUGAUGUUACGUGAGGACAUGAAAAAAGGUGUGUACGUUGAAAAUCUAUCAGAAUUCGAGGUCCACACUGUAGGAGACAUUCUGCAGCUUUUGACUCAGGGUGCAUCAAAUAGGAGAGUUGCUGCCACAAAUAUGAACAGAGAAAGCAGCCGUUCGCAUAGCGUUUUUACAUGUGUGAUCGAAAGUAAGUGGGAGAAGGACUCUGCGACCAACUUCCGUUUUGCCAGGCUGAAUCUCGUUGAUCUUGCUGGUUCUGAAAGACAAAAGUCCUCUGGUGCUGAGGGAGAGCGUCUGAAAGAAGCUGCAAAUAUCAAUAAGUCAUUGUCCACGCUAGGUCACGUGAUUAUGGUCUUAGUGGAUGUAGCACAUGGAAGACCAAGACAUGUUCCUUACAGAGACUCAAGAUUGACAUUUCUCCUCCAGGACUCUCUUGGCGGUAACUCAAAAACAAUGAUAAUAGCUAAUGUCAGCCCAUCUAUCUGUUCUGCAGCUGAAACGUUGAAUACGUUGAAGUUCGCUCAACGAGCAAAACUGAUUCAGAACAACGCUAUCAUCAAUGAAGAUUUAUCUGGAGAUGUUGUUGCAUUGAAACAUCAGAUACAAUUGUUGAAGGAGGAACUGGCUGCCCUCAAACGUGAAAGGGUAAAUCGUUCACUGUUGUUAAGCCCCGCCAACGAUCUAGACUCAACAAACAAUUAUGAGGAUGAUUCAGAUGGAGGGGAUAUUGCACAGACAUACAUGGGAAAUUUGCUUGGAAAUGAAUCUGAGGGAGUUCUCAGACUGUCUUGUAAACAGUUAAAAUCAUUGGAAACUACAGUUGCUGGUUCCUUAAGGAGAGAAAAGAUGGCAGAAACUUCAGUUACUCAAUUUAAAGCUGAGAUUGAGCAGUUGAACCGCCUUGUUAGUCAAAGGGAAGAGGACACUAGGUGCACAAAAAUGAUGUUAAAGUUUAGAGAAGACAAAAUUCAAAGAAUGGAGUCACUUCUUGGUGGUUUGAUGUCAGCAGACGACUAUUUAAGGGAAGAAAAUAAUGCACUUUCUGAAGAAAUUCAGCUCCUGAGGUCAAGACUCCAGAUAAAUCCUGAAGUGACACGAUUUGCAGCUGAAAAUAUCAGGCUUUUGGAUGAAGUUCGGCAGUUUCAAGAUUUCUAUGGAGAAGGGGAGAGAGAAAUGUUGAUGAAAGAAGUGUCUGAACUACGAAAUCAGCUUAUGUGCUUCCUCGAUGGAAACUUGAAGCAUUCUAAACACUUCGAUGUGAAGGAUUCUGAUCAUAAUAACGAAAAAGGCUUGCUUGAAGAGGAGUUGCAGAAAACUCUUUCUGAGCUAGAGGAAAGCAAGAUCAAGCUUAGCCGUAUCCUUGAAGAAAAUACAAAGCUCCAUAGAGAAAUUGAGGAGUUACGCGCUUCAUCAAAUGCUGAAAUUACGUAUUCCCAAGAACAUGAUUGCAGCGCAGAAGUCAUAAAGGAAUCCAUUGUAGAAGUUCCUCUUUCUUCUGAUAAGGGAACAACGAACACCAGGAGAGAGAACGAUGGAACACAUCCGAGUCUCCCGAUGAGUGCAGAAGAUAUCAUGGAUUUACAACUGGAGUUAGACAUUCUUAAAAUCAUUCUUCAAGAGGAGAGAUCAUACCAUUCAGAACAAGAGGAAAUAGCCAAAUCUCUAAACCAAGAGCUUCAGUUCUCAAAGGAAAUGGCAACCUCAGUUACCAAAGAGUAUGAAAAAGUCAAGGAAGAGCUCAAAACUGUCAAAUUGGUUGUUGAAGCUCUUGAGUCUGAACAAAUUCAAUCCAUUAAUGAGAUAGAAGAUCUCAGAAGCACUAAUGUGCGUUUUGAAGAAAUGUUAAAGGAGAAGGAGCUUCAGAUUUCUUAUUUAAAGAAUCAAGCAUCUUGCCAAAAGUUCAAAGAUCUCUCAUUGUAUAAGUCUUCAGAGAAGGAGGUCUCUCCUUUAGAAGUGAGACUGAAGAAGAUGCAUGAAUCUCUUGAAAUGGCUAAGAGACUGAAUGCGUUGUAUCAAAACGAUCUUGCAUUUCAAGCAUCUGACCAAGAUGAAAUGGAGGAAGUCCGAAGGCAGGUUGAGGGGGAAACUGCAGAGGUGAUUGUGUGCUUGCAAGAAGAACUUUCUGGUCUUCAACAGGAAGUCCAUGAAAGUAAAGUCAAAGAGAUGGAAACAAGUGACAGGUUUGCGCAACUGGAAACGGAAAUGAAGAUCAUGGAGGAAAAUUUACGUCUAACAAGUGAAGAAAAUGCAAAAUUUUCUGAAUUGCUUGAAGACAAAGAAAACCAAUUAAAAACACUGACUGAAGAAUGGAAUUUAAUCGCCGGUGAAAUUGAAGGUAUUCUGUUUGAUGGGAAUACGGCUCUUAAGGAUGCGUCUGACCAGACUGAUGUUAUCUCCAGAUCAUUCCGUCACAAUGGAAGUUGGAUCUCUGAACAGUUUGGAAGAAUGAAACAAUAUAUUUUUGAAAAGGAGUUUCUUAUUGAUGAGCUCAAUCAAUAUUUAAAGGAUGCAAUUGAUAGGAAAGAUGACAUGGAGCGCAUGCUGAGGUCUCUUAGAGGGGCAGCUUUGGUUAUGACUGAGACUCAUCAACAAGAGUGCAGUGAGAAGGAUGAAGAGAUUCUCUUCUUAACAUCCGACUUAAAUAAUAAGACAUCCACUGUGGCAGAGCUUUGGAGCUUAAUUAAGCAUGGAGAGGAUCAGCUCAGAACAGCAUCAUCUUGUGCAACAGCUGCUUUGGUGAUUGUAAACAGAUUGUGGGAGUUGAACUCUAACUAUCACAAUUCUCUGCAAGAUAAGGAGCUUCAGAUUAGAGAGUUCAAAGAAAUUAUUACCAAAAAAGAUUCAACUCUCCAGAAUCAGGCUUUGGUAAUAGAUGAAGCAGAUGGAAUGACUCGCUCUCUCCAAAAGAAACUGGAAGCAUCAGAGGAAUAUUGUGCAAAACUGAGUUUAGAACUCUCUGAGGAACAAAGAUCCCGGGAAAAUCUAGAGGUAAAUCUUGAAAAGAAGGAAGAAAAUAAAAUUUCUGAAGCCAGGGAACAACUUCAGGAACUAAAUUCCGGGGUCUCAUCACUGAAGUUGUGGAUGAACCAGUAUGAGAUGCUGAGUGGAUAUCCUCAGAAAGAUAAAGAAUCGGAGAUGUCUAUUUGUUCUUCUGCUAGUGAUGAAUGUGAAUCAUGGACAGGUACCAGAAUAGUGCAAGACUUCAAUGAUGUAAGCUCUUUUAAUAAUGGGGGUGUGGUGGGUACUGAGACUUUGAAGUGUUUUUCCGAUGCUGGUCAUGACAACAAUUUGGAGUCUGAAAUCACUUUGCAUAGUGCAAUUGGGAGAGAUGCUGCUAUUUUUCUCUUGAAGAAAGAGAUAGAAUGUGCCCUUAAAAGCUUAAAAGAAGUGCAAGCCCAGAUGGACAAAAUGCAAUCUGAAAAAGAAGAGAUUUUGGCAUCUGAGAGGUGUAGUCGGAAGAGCAUAGAGUCUCUGCUAAAUCAGACAGUUAUCUUUAGAGAUGCAAUAGAUAAUUUUCAAGAUGUAUUUGAGCUCAAAGUUAGCGCUGUAGAUGGGAAGAUAAGGAGAAUGGAAGAAGCAGUACAAGAAUCUCUUGAUUCAUGGUUCCAGCAAACAGAGUUACUGGAAGAUGAACUUGAUGAUGCUAAACUUGUUGCUGCCCAGAAAACCAUUGAAGCUUCCUGCAUUCUUAAGAAAUUUGAGGAGGUACAGGACACAGUGAAAGAAGCAGACAUAAUGAUAAAUGAGUUGGUGAUAGCUAAUGAAGCCUUGAAGCUUAGUGCUCAUGAUACAAAAGCAAAGGAAAAUGAAUUUAACGGUGUGAGAAUAAACCUCAUGAAAGAAAUCCAAAGCCUGAAGCUCUCCAAUAAUCUGAAAGAUCAGAAUUAUGUGGAGCUGGAGAAAAAGUAUGAUGAGGAUUUUGUCACCAUGAAGAAGAUGAUUUCGGAACUUGAGGAUGUUAUUUCUGAAGUCCAGACCACUUCGAUGGAAGAUUGGAUGUCUGUGUCAUCUGAUUUCUUCAGUAUGAAGUGUCAAAUUCAUGAAUCGACUGAAUCCAUUAGGAAAUUGCUUGAGGAGGUCUGGUCAGAGAUUAUCGCCAAGGACUGUGCUGUGUCUGUGUUGCAUCUUUGCCACAUGGGAAUUCUCUUGGAAACUGCAAAUGGACUAAACGCAGAAAAUGGUCUCCUUCACCAUGGUUUAUGUGAGUCAAACUCCACUAUUUCAGAACUUCGGGAGCACAAUUUAAGAUCAAGAAGGGAGCUUGAAAUGUGCAGAGUUUUGAAAGGCAAGUUGCUGUCGGAUAUCAAGACGGGUUUUGAUCGCAUAUCAAGUAAAGUUGAUGAAACUGGGGAAGUAACUCUUAAGCUUACCUCUUUCAAAAAGAAGAUACAGGAUCUGCAGAAUCAGGAAGAGGUUAUGCUGCAAAGGUCGAAUGACAUUGGAUCUGAACUGACCAUGCUAAUGAAGGAGCUCGAUCUCAGCAAUAAACAAGCAUUUGCUUCUAUUAUGGACCAGGAAAAACUACUGAAAGAGAAAGACGAAUUACUCCAAUAUCAAGAGGAAAAUUUCAUGCUAGAACUGUUGGCAAAAGAUUUUGAGCUGUUAAUUCUGUCAACCGAGUUAAAGCAGAUAUGCCUUCUGAAAGCAGAUGCGGAGAAUGCUUUAGUUAGUACCCUGGAAGUCCUGGAAAAUUUCAAGAAGGAAAUAGUGUUUAAGAGUUUAGAAACUGCUUCCAGUGAAUUGAUACUGCAUGACAAGGAAUCUAGGAAUGAAAAAUUAGAAGAAGACAUUAAGGUGAAGGAAUCUGUUAUCGAAAUAUCUUGUAGUCAUAUCUCUGAACUUCAGCAGCAAAUACAAAAUCUGCAGAAUGAUGUACGUCUGCUGGAGAUGGAAUCACAGAGACUCCAAAUUGAACUGGAAAGGAGAGAUGAAGAACUUGGUAGAAUAAACUGCCUUGAGAAAGAGAAUGAAAGCCUGUUGCUUCAGCUAAGCAACUGCAAGGCAGAGUAUGAAGUAUUACAUCAGGAAUUGGAGGAUAAAAAAGUUGAAUUUGAAGCCUCAUCUAGAAACACCCAAAGCAUUGAUGUCGAAAAUCACAGACUACGAGAUAAUGUUUCAGUGUUGGAGAAUAGCAUUGCCAAGUUAGAGGAAGAUCUAACUUUGGCUAGGGUGGAAAUCAGAAACCUUGAAUAUUCACAAUCUUCUGUUCAAGAUGACUUGUGCAUUAGAAUCCAGGAUUUGGAAAGGCAACUGGGUGAAGUCAAUGGCUUGAAAGAAGAGAACAUGUGUUUGAGAAAUGAAUUGAGCGUCAAAGAGAUUAAGGAGUCUGAAUACCUCAAUGCUAUGAACUUAAGAAGUUUGAAGAAUAUGGAUUUGGCCGAAAGUGCAGAUAAAGUAAGCUCCAAUAUACUCAAUGCAAUUGAGGAGAAAUUCAUUGAGAUAGAUGAUAUGUUUCAGAAGAUAGAUAACGAAAUGGAGAUGGGACACAUAUUCGUCGACCAGUUCCAAUAUGUGGAGAAUCUUUCUAAAAAAUUGGAUUCUGAAAUUCUCUCUCUUCACACAGAGUUGUUGAGAAAGGAUGAUAUUCUCAAGGGGCUGUUGUUUGAUAUGGCUUUGCUGCAGGAAUCUGCAUCUAACAGUAAAGAUGAGAAAGACGAUAAAGAUGAUCUGCUUGCUUCUUUGAGGGCAUUGGAAAAAGAUCUUGAAUUAAAGUCGCUUGAACUGGAAGAAGCUGCUGCGGAGCUAGCCAAAAUAUCUGCUCGUGAAUUGUAUCUCAGAAAUGAAAAUCAGAGAAUAAAUUCACUAUCCCAAGAAAACGCUGAGCUCUUAUCUAUUUCUCAAGAUGCCUAUGAUGCAAGAAAUUCCAUGGAGAAGGAAUUGGUGGAAGCAAGGAUCAAAAUUGAGAACUUAGAGUUGGAAGUUGCUGAGAUGGAUAUGGCUCUUGUCAAUCUGAAUAAAACUACUGAGUCAUUGAAGAGCAACUUGGAUACUGUCACCGGCCAGAGAGAUGAAUUGGACUGUAAAGUUUUUACUUUGACCAACGAGCUUGAAAUGGCACGAUCUCUUGCUGAAGAAAAUGAAGCAAUAGCUACUGAGGCACGAGAGAUAGCUGAAAUGCAGAAAGUACAUGCUGAGGAAAAGGAAGAAGAAGUGAAACUAUUAGAACGGUCCAUUGAAGAGCUAGAAUGUACUAUAAAUGUACUCGAGCAAAAGGUUGAUCUUGUCAAAGGAGAUGCUGAGAGGCAACGAUUGCAGAGAGAGGAACUUGAACUAGAGCUUCUUGCUUUUAAAGAACAAAUGCAGAAUGUCAGAAGCAAUGAUUAUGAUGUGAAAAGAUGUCUAGAUGAAAAAGAGAAGAACCUUCAGGAAGCACAGAAACGUGUUCAGCUUCUUGAAAAUGAAAUUGCUGCCCGAGAUGCUGAGAUUUCCCAGUGUAAAGCUCAUAUCUCUGAGAUAAAUUUGCAUGCAGAGGCACAGGCUAGUGAAUACAAACAAAAGUUCAAGGCAUUGGAAGCUAUGGUAGAGCAAGUAAAAUCCGAAGUUCCUGCACCUAAUAGCGCAAAUUCAUCAUCAAACAAAAUGGAAAGAAAUCCAUCAAAGUCUAGAGGCUCAGGGUCCCCUUUUAAAUGCAUAGGAUUGGGCUUAGUUCAACAAAUCAAAUCUGAGAAGGACGAAGAGGGAAGACAACGGAUUGAAGAACUUGAGGCUCUAGCUGCAAGCAGACAGAAAGAGAUAUUCAUGCUUAAGGCAAGACUGGCUGCCACUGAAAGUAUGACGCAUGAUGUGAUUCGGGAUUUACUGGGUGUAAAACUGAAUAUGAAGAACUAUGCUAAUUUAGUGGAUAAUCAGCAGCUUCACUCCUUAAUUGAGGAGGCUCAACACCAUAGCGUUGAAGCUGAUGUCAAGGAUCAAGAAGUUGUUAGUCUAAAGCAGCAGAUAAAUGAGUUCCUUAAAGAGCGUAAUGGAUGGUUAGAGGAGAUCGAGAGAAAACAGGCUGAAUUGAUGGCUGCACUUGUUGCAUUGGAAAAAUUACGACAACAAGAUCAACAGCUUGCAACUGAAAAUGAGAUGUUGAAGAAAGAAAACACUAUUCACAAGAAGAGGGUGAUGGAACUUGAAGGCGAGAUCAAGAAGUUAUCAGGUCAGCAGAAUAUACAACAGCGUAUCCAUCACCAUGCAAAAAUUAAGGAAGAAAACAAUUCCCUAAGAUGUCAAAAUGAAGAACUUAGCAGCAAGCUGCACAAGACAGAGGCUAUUCUUUCACGUGUGAAGGAAGAGCUAACUCAGUUCCGUGUAGCAAAUGGUAGAAGUGCCUACAUUGAUUUUGAUGAGGAGCAGCUGUUGCACAAGAAGCUGAAGGAAACUGAUGAGGAAAGGCUGCAAUUAGCUCAGAAGUUACUAGGCUUGUGUACUUCCGUAUUAAGGGCUGCUGGAAUAACUAGACCAGCUUCUGAGAUAGGUAUAUCUGUGGCUGAAGCAGCACUUGAGCAACUUACAAGUAGGGUUGUUGCCCUUCAAAUGGAACUUGAAGAUGCUAAACUCAAGGUACGAAUCUCGGACGAAAGAAUCAGAUUGUCUGAGCUGAUGCCAUCAGCAGCAGCAAUCUCAAGGGCAGAUGAAAAUUGUCCAGAAAGAGUGCGAGCUUCUCAAACUCCAUUUCUUUCUGCUUUUGAUCGAUGAAUUGAUGCUCAAAGUUAGUUAGCAUUUUGCUAGCAGAUGAAGUUGUGUCUGUUUGUUCUGUAAAUAAAUACAAAUUUUGUAUAUCCAUCAUGCUUACUGAACAGAUGUAUAUCUAGUGCCCUGGUGUAAAUUUCUUCAAAACAGAAUAUUAAUUUAUUAAAUUUGUGCGUUUGUAUGUAAACUGAUUUUCAAAUUC